AUGGCGGUAUCGGAGCGGUUCAGCCGCGCCAUGGAGGAGGCGAUGGAGGAGACGGAGAUGGAGCAGCUAUACAAGACCUUGGACAAGGUCAGAGAAGAAUUAGACUUCGAGAUAUCGAAGAACGAGACUUUGAGGAAAGCGAAAGACAGGGCGGAGGCGGAGGCCCGCGCCCUGCGUGGGCGAGGAGAUGGUUCACUUCGAGAGGAAGUCAAGAAGCUGGAUGCUGAGUGCAAGAGGCUGCGGAGCGAGAAGGAGCAGUGCGAGAAGGAAAGAGACAUGUACAAGAAGCAACUCGAAGAGGCGCUGGCAGAGCUUGACAAGUACAAGGAUGGCAACGCUGCUGCGGGCAAGAGCGAGAAAGCGCCAAAGAGGGCUGAGCGCGGCGAAAGAGAAGAGAAGCCUGAGCGAGGAAACGACGGAGGAGGCAGAGACGAGAAGGUUGGCAAGGGGCCCGAACGUCAAGCUGCCGAGGUCAAACCUGGCGUUCCAAAACUCCCCCGGCAGCACUCGGACAGCGACGUAUUGAGAGAGACCUCAAGGAAGAAGGCGGAGGAGGAUAGGAGUGGAGUGAGCAGGAUGUAUGGCCAGAGCAUAACUCACAGUAUGACCGAGCGAGCAGCGAAGACGAGAGACCUGUUCAAGCAGAUGGAGAGGGAGCAAGGGCCCCUUCCUUCGAAACCAGACUUCAAGUCGCCGGCAACGAGGAAACCAACUCACGCCUCCUCUGAGCCGAGCACUCCAACCUACCGUGCCAACGACCAGCCGGAAGGCUUCCUGACACCUCCCAGGACGGAAGAAGAAAAACCUCCUGCAAGCUCUCGAGAGCGAGUGGAGGAGCCGUCGCCGAGAAGGAACGACUCAAGGGCAGCAGCGGAGGACCCUCGUAGCGCCUCGUCGAAGAAGCCGGUAGAGCCGAAGCACGUGCCAUCGCCAAAGGAAGAGGAAAGUAGCAAGAGCCCUGCCAACAGCAACCACUGGCAAGGAAGAGAACCGACGCCGUCGAUCCAGGCUGGGAAGAGGCUGGUGCUGCCGUCGGAGAUCGCGCGCAAGAACAAAACUCCGACCAAGGACUGGGGAGAGUGUGUGCUGACGUGUGAGCCGAUCAAGACGCCCGUGAGGGCGGCAGACGGUCACAUCUACGAGAAAUGGGCGAUCGAGAAGUGGCUGAGGGAGAACAAGAACCGAUCGCCCCUUAACAACAUUAUCAUCAGCCCCGAGCUCGUUCCCCUCACAGACAAGGACCAUGCUGACUACCUGUCGAGCAUCUCUGACGGCUCUGAGACGAGCUCGCGGGCUGGCGUUGACUCGGUCUCUACCGAUGGAGGCUACGGGACUGCGCGGGACGAAAUCUUCUCCGCGAGAACCUCUCACGCCUCCUGCAUUACAGCAGCCACUGAGAUGCCGACGGACUUUCCCGAUGACUUCUCUCCGAGCUCUCGAGCCUCCACUGCAAUAGAGGCCGACGCCUUCCACACUUCCAUCGCCUCCUCGGUCGGCACUGAGCGACCAGACACGUUCGAUGCGAGCGGAGGAGGCAGGAGGGUGGACAGCAACAUCAGCUACCACAAGAGCUUGGCUCAUGGGCGGGAAGAGGCCUCGAGCUUUGCGUCCAACACCGCAACACUGGUGGGGAUGGGAUACGACUACAAGUCGGUGACUGCUGCCCUCGCUGCCUGCCAGAAUGACCUGGAGUCUGCGAUAGACUACAUGAGCAGCGGCAAGAGCAAGAGCUCGAGCCAGGACGAGCGAGCCAAGAGCAGCAAGAGGCAGGAGGCGUCGGAGGCUGAGCGACAGGAAGGGAGGAAGAACAAGGCUAGCAGCGAGCCCAGCAGCGAGAGCCUGGUAGGGAUAGGAGCGCUGCUGAAGCCCAACAGCAAGGGGAUCUUCAAGGUGGUCGAGCUCCAUCCCCACGGGGCAGCGGCGAAGAGCAACAUGAUCUCUGUUGGAGACACGAUCCUCUCCGUCGGAGGCACGGACAUUCAGGGGAUGACGGUGGAGGAGGUCGCUCCAAUGAUCAAGGGAACCGUUGGAUCAAAAGUUGUCUUGGAGAUCAGCAGGAGAGGGUAUGCUGAGCCCUUCACCGUCGAGCUGGUUCGUGUUGGGAUGAAGAAUCCUUCUACUCCUGUGGGCAGGGAUAGAACGGACUCCUCCUCCUCCUCCUCUUCACACUCCAAUCUGAAAGUCGUUGCUGACCCAACAUCGUCGACAGGGCUCAAGGGUCUCCCACCUGGUUGGGAGAGUCUGCUGAAACAGGCCAACAUCUCGCCGGAGGAGGCCAUGGAGCACAUCGAUGAGCUGCUCGACGUGUUGAAGUUCCACACGGAGAAAGGCACGAAGAACAAUCGAGUCUCUCUUACCUGCCCUUCCGUCCUCACCCUCUUGACAACCCUGUCCUGA